AUGGGACAAAGGAGGUGCGUGUCGGGGAGCGGGCGAUGCUUUUUAGCCCGCUUCGUGGCCGCUGCGAUUUUGUGCGGCUUGGCCUCUGCAAAUUUGAGAUAUUCCAUUUCUGAAGGGCUCAUUGAAGGAACAAUGGUCGGAAAUAUAGCCAAAGAUCUUGGACUGGAUAAAGUCACGCUGAAAGAAAGGAAAUAUCGCGUCGUUUCUAGCGACGCUGUGCCUCUUUUUCACGUGAAUCCGGACGAUGGCAACCUCUAUGUGAGCCGACUAAUUGACAGAGAGGAGUUGUGUGCACAGAGCACGACGUGUUUGAUUAAUUUGAAAACUGUGCUGGAAAACCCACUCGAGGUUCACUACGUGGGAGUGGACGUGCUGGAUGUGAACGACCACGCUCCGAUUUUUCAAGAGAAGGAGAAAAAAAUGGACAUUUUCGAGUCUGUUUUGCCGGGGGCUCGCUUUCAGCUGAAACCGUCACGUGAUCUUGAUAGCGGCCCGUUUUCCGUGCAAAAUUAUAAACUGAGUGAAAACGAUCACUUUCGUUUGGAGGUCAAAGACAAAGGACAAGAUGGUAAAAUACCUGUAUUAGUGCUGCAAAAAUCAUUGGAUAGAGAAGCAGCAAGAAGCCACUCCCUGGUGCUGACUGCUCUUGAUGGAGGCAAGCCUCCCAAAUCUGGACAUAUGAAUAUUUCAAUAACCGUGUUAGAUAUAAACGAUAAUACUCCAGUUUUUUCCCAUGAUACAUAUUCUGUGAUGCUCCAGGAGAAUGCUCCAGUGGGCACCACAGUGGUACAAGUAAAUGCAAAUGAUUUGGAUGACGGUCAAAACGGAGAUGUUAUUUAUUCUUUCGGUGACAGUGUGAGUAAUACUUUGUUUAAAAUUUUUGACAUUAACCGCUCAACGGGGGAGAUAAUUGUCACUGGUCUGAUAGACUAUGAGGAGCGGGAGAUAUAUGAAAUUGAAAUUCAAGCAUCAGAUAAAGGGUUUGCCCCAUUAACAACAGAAAAAAGUGUCAUAAUCAAGAUAAUUGAUGUCAAUGACAAUGCACCUGAGAUUGAAGUCACGUCAUUUUCCAGUUCCAUUCCUGAAGAUUCCAGGCCUGGGACUACAGUUGCUCUAAUUAGUGUGAACGAUUUUGAUUCUGGUCUCAAUGGAAAAGUAAUUUGCUCCAUAAAUGAGGAUGUUCCUUUUACUUUGUCACCGUCAUUACAAGACAAAAUGUUUUCUUUAGUGACCAAAUCACCUUUAGACAGGGAGAAACGGUCCCACUAUGAUAUAACAGUAGUUGCAAGAGAUGCCGGUCAACCUGCACUCUCGUCUCAAAAGACAAUCAGUGUUUUCAUUUCAGACGUGAACGAUAACAGUCCCGAGUUUUCAUCCAAUCCUUACACUUUCUAUGUCACCGAGGGCAACGAUGCAGGCGCCGCCAUCUUUUCUGUCAAAGCAUUUGAUCAGGAUGACAAUGACAAUGCUGUCAUCUCAUACCACAUUCUCAGAAAUGAUCACACGUUGUCUUCAUUUUUAAGUAUAAAUAGUGAAAAUGGACAGAUCUCUGCCCUAAAAAGUUUUGACUUUGAGACGCUGAAAAGUUUCCAGUUCCAAGUGGUUGCCAGGGAUGGUGGGAAUCCUCCCCUGAGCAGCAACGUGACAGUGAAGGUUUUCAUUCUGGAUCAGAACGACAAUGCUCCAGUCAUCCUGUAUCCAGUCAGCUCCAACGGUUCUGCCCAAGGUGUGGAGGAGAUUCCCCGCAACAUCAAAGCGGGAGACUUAGUGACCAAAGUGCGAGCCUACGACGCCGACAUCGGCUAUAACGGCUGGUUGCUCUUCUCGCUGCAGCGAGUCAGCGACCACAGUCUGUUUUCUUUGGACCGCUACACGGGCCAGAUCAGAACACUUCGCUCCCUGACGGAGACGGACGAGGCCGAGCACCGCCUGCUCAUCCUGGUCAAAGACAACGGCAACGUGUCGCUCUCGGCGACAGCUACCGUGACCGUCAAACUCGUGGAGCCCAAAGAGGCUUUUGCGGCUUCUGACGUGAAAAGUGCAGCCACGGUGGACGAGGAGGACAAUGUGACUUUUUACCUGAUGAUCACUUUGGGCUCGGUCUCGCUCCUUUUUGUCAUCAGCAUCAUCGUGCUGAUUGCCAUGCAGUGCUCCAAAUCUACCGAGUACACUUCCAAAUAUCUGCAAGAAACCAAUUAUGAUGGCACGUUGUGUCACAGCAUCCAGUACAGAUCGGGAGACAAACGCUACAUGUUAGUUGGACCCCGAAUGAGUAUCGGCUCUACCAUAGUCCCGGGCAGCCACGCCAACACGCUGGUGCUUCCUGACAGGAGAAACACUUCUGGUGGGGUAAGACAAUUUUUUAAAUGA